CGCUCCCCGCGCUCCCCGCGCUCCCCGCGCUCCCCCCUCCCCGGGGCUCAGGGCCGCGGUGGCCGCCCCGGGCGCGGCGCUGGGCAAACACACGGUCAAUGAUUAACCCGCCCGCCCUGCGCUCGCGGCCGCCGGGGACAGGGGGCCGGGCCCCGGGCGCGGCAGGCGGGACCCCGCGAGCACCGACGCGUCUCCGCGGGAUGGAAGGGGAAGCACCGGCCGAGCGAGUGGAGCAGGGGGGUGGCAGCAGGGUGGCUGGGGGGCUGCCCGGCUCCAGCACACGCUGCGAGCCCUCCCGGGGCCAGGGGGAUGGACCAGCAGUCACGGCAGCAGCCACCAACGCGGCCUUCGAGGGGGAUCCGCCGCCGUACUCGCCCCCAGACCCUAAGAGCGUUCACCUCCUCUACCCACCGUUCCCGGCCGGCUUCUCCCAGCAAGCUCCUGUCAUCUACCAGCCAGAGCCAGGGCCGUUCCCACACCAGGGCAUCCCCCCUGCGCCCAUGCCCUACGCUGCUUACAACGGGCAGCAGAGCACGGGCGCGCUGCCCACCGGCCACUGGCAGCACCAGCCCAAGGACUACAUGGUGGAGUCGGUGCUGGUGACCGUCUUCUGCUGCCUGCUGACAGGUGUCAUCGCCCUCGUCUACUCCCAUGAGACUCGGGCUGCGCUGAGCCGCGGAGACAUGGCCCAGGCAAACAUAGCGUCCAGAAAGGCCCGGUCGCUGGUCCUCUUCAGCCUCAUCUUCGGGUUGUUCGCCUCCAUCAGCUGGGUGGUCUAUGUCGUGGUGGUCCUGUACCUAUGACAGAGACCCCGAGCCCCAGGGACACGGCAGCUCCUGGCAGCUCACGUGGGGAGCCGGCAGGUGGAGCGGCCGCAGCCCCCAGGGGCAUCGCCGAGGCUGCCGUGGGAAACGGGCAACCACAGAGUGUUAUUGGGGCUGAGGGGCAGCGCCCGGCCUCGCUGGCAGGACGAGGAGCUGCUCCAGGGCUGGAUGUACCUUCCCCUGGGGGGAACCCCGAGCAGUGCUGCGUGGGAGCGGCGGCACUCUGCUCGGGGACAGGCGCUGCUGUGGGAUGGUCAGUCCCCUCACCAAGUGUCUCAGAGGUGCCAACCAAGACUGUCACAGAGGGAGUGUCUCAUAGAAUCGGGAUGGAGAUGGAGCCAAGGGCCAGAGCUGUGCCCCCGAGGCUGCAGCCGCUGCUCUGGCUGUGUGAGGAGCCCUCGCUGGUCACUGGUAACGUGAGAAGAUUGAAAAACCACCUGAUUCGCUUCUCCAGUGAUUUUGCACACACCAAUAUGCUGUAUUGCCACCUUCUUGCUGCUUCCAGAUUGAAAUAAAA